UUCUUAGUUGUAAGGGUUCUUUGUAUAUUUUGGAUAACAGUCCUUUAUCAGAUGUGUCAUUUGCAAAUAUAUUCUCCCAGUCUGAGGCUUGUCUUCACAUAUUUUUUGACCAUGUCUUUGCAGAGCAGAAGUUUUUAAUUUUAAUGAAGUCAGUUUAUCAAUUAUUUCUUUUAUGGCUUGUGUUUUUGGUGUUGUAUUUAAAAAGUCAUUGCCAUACUCCAGUGUUACCUAUUUUGUCCUAUGUUUUCUUCUAUGAGUUUUAUAGUUUUGUGUUUUGUUUAGGUCUAUAACCCAUUUUGAGUUAACUUUUGGGAAGGGUGUUAGGUCUGCAUCUAGAUUCAUUGUUUUGUAUGUGGAUGUCCAGGUGUUCCAGCAUCAUUUGUUGAAAAAAACUAUCUUUGCUCCAUUGUAUUGUCUUUGUCCUGUAUCAAAGAUCAGAUGACCAUAUUUAUGUGAGUCUAUUUCCGGGUUCUCUGUUCUUUUCUGUUGAUCUAUUCUUUCUCCAGUACCAACUGUCCUGAUUACCAUAGCUAUAUAGUAAGUCUUGAAGUUGGGUAGUGUCAGUCCUUUGACCUUGUUCUUUUCUUUCGAUGUUGUGUUGGCUAUUCUAGGUGGGGGUUUUUUUUGUCUCUUUUUUUUUUUGCCUGAUAUACACUAAAAUCAGUUUGUUGGUGUCCACAAAAUAACUCGCUGGGAUUUUGAUUGGGAUUGUGUUGAAUCUAUAAAUCAAGUUGGGAAGAACUGACAUCUUGACAAUACUGAGUCUUGCUACACAAGAACAAGGAAUAUCUUUCCAUUUAUUUAACCCUUUGGGUUUUUUUUAAUUAGAGUUUUGUAUUUUUCCUUAUAUAGAUCUUAUGCAUAUUUUGUUAGCUCUUACUCAAGUGUUUCAUUUUGGGGAAAUUAUAUUGUGUUUUUAAUUUCAAAUUCUACUCAUUCAUUACUGGCAUAUAGGAAAAUGAUUGCCUUUUUUUUUUAAAGUAAUCUCUACACCCAUUGUGGGACUCAAACUCACAACCCUGAGAUCAAGAGUUGCAUGCUCUACUCACUAAGCCAGUGAGGCACCACAUAAAAUGACUGACUUUUGUAUAUUAACCUCUCUAUAAUCACUUACUGUUUCAAGAAUUUUUGCUGUUGUUGUCAGUUCAUUUGUACUCUCUACACAAUCAUGCCAUUUGUAAACAAAGACAGUCUUAUUUCUUCCUUCUCAAUGUUUAUACAUUUUAUUUCCUUUUCUUGUCUUAUUACAUUCCAGUAUGAUGUUGAAAAUGAGUGGUGAGAAAGGACAUUCUUAGCUUGUUCCUGAUCUAAGCCUCUGUGAAAUUCACAGGUACCUCUGAGUUUCCCCUCCUUAGGUGGGACAGGAUGGGAGAGUGAGUAUACCAUGAAAUGUUACAGCAUGCUGGAGUUGAGUAUUUCCUUCUCCCCAGAUUGGUUAAGCUCUGAUAAAACUCCAAUAGUUUAGGUUCUGGUAAGACAGUUUCUCUUUAGGGAAGGCCUUGUUAAGAUGAACAGAAUGUUCUGGCAUGUUUCAAAAUGGUUCCUUUUCUCCUCCUUCUUCCGGAAGUGUAAGGGGACUUUUCUCUGAUAUUCACUGUGAAAACCUGAUCAAGGUGGGCUGGAGGUAAAACUCACUAAAUUGUAAGGACGUCCCUAAGAUUGGAUACCCCCAGAGUUUGUAAUCUCUCAGAUUUGUCCACCCUGAACCUCCAGCAAUUCAUCAACUACAGUUCAAAUUUCCUAUCCUCAUAUUGGUUCUUGCAGGGGUUUAUAUACUAGUAAGUUGUGAUUCUCUGUAUUUGUCUUUCUAUCUCUCCAAUUUUGAGAGCCACAGUUUGCCUUAUGAUCUCAUUUCUCUGACGAACCUAAGAAGAGUUGUUGAUUUUUCAGUUUGCUUAGCUUUCUACUUGUUGUUAUAAUGGAGUGGCCACCUCCAAGUUCCUUGCAUGCCACACUAGAAACUAGAAGCCCACUCUUUUUUUUUUACCUUUUUUAGUUUCACUCAAUCAAUAAGCAUUUCCUGAAUCAUUAUAUUCCAAGCACUCUGCUAGACAUUGAGUAUACAAGGAUAACUCCUUGCUGCUGAAGUUCACAGACCAAAAGGAAGUAUAGACAAAUUACAAUACUAUGUAUAAAGGUUAUGAAAGAAGUAAGCAUAAGCUGCUGCAGGAUCACAAAGUCUGGGACUGAGGGUUGAAUUCAGAGAAGGCUUCCCCAAAAGGGUUAGAUUAAAGUGAAUCUUGACUAAUGUUAACUCAGACAAAGAUAAAGUGGGAAGUGUGAUAGAUACCAUGUGCAAGGUAAAUACCAUUUGCACCAUGUGCAAAGGAAGGACCAAGAUGGGUUUAAGAAACUGCAAGAAAAAUAAAGUUGUCUGGAGCACAAGAUAACAUGGAGGGAGAGAAUGAGCCUAAACGUUACUCGGCUUUCUACUUCAUGACAAUAAGGACCAUGUUCAGCAGGAAACAGAUGGCUUGCUCAAACUAGUUAAUAGGGAGAGUUAAGGAACUAUUUAUAAAGUCCCCUUUGAACUGAAAAGGAUUUGGGGAAACCAUCAGUGAAAAGUCAUUAUGACUCCUAAGCCUGAUCACAUAAGUGAAAGGAGCAGUUAACAGAACAGAAAGGGUGGCUCUAUGGAGAAGGUUGCCUGUGAGGAGUUCUACUUUAGGUAAAAGAAUACAGACAACUCUCUGUAAUCUGGUAAGGAGAGAGCCAGGGAAUAAACACACAGAUCUCUGGACCUCUGAUCUUCUGCCCAUAUCUACCAUUGGUUAAACCUAAUCAGAGACUGGAUGGCAAGGGAACCCAUUGAUGUAGUCCGUAUCAGUCAGCCUUCUUGAACAAGGACAAGGAUGAAGAGUUGGAUCCAAAGGGACAUAUGAAAGAUAUCCAACACAUCACUACACCCUCAGUACCUAACACAACACCUGGCACAGAGGAGGUAUUGAAUGGUUGAAUGAGGUCAUAUAGGAAGCAGAAGCCUAAUCUUGCUGGGUUUAACUAAUUCAUGCUAAGAAAUUAGGACUUUACCUCAUAGCAGUGGAGUGCAAUCAGAACAGAGGAGAGACACAUCAGAUUUGCAUCUUAGAGGCAAAUUUGUCAAGAAUAAACUGAAGCCUUGUAGCAGAAGUAACAGGUAAAAGGCUGUUAUAACAAUCUAGGACAGAGAUGACAACAAGAUGUUCUAAGAAAAAGGAAACAGAAAAACAAAAUGGACUUGAAAGCAUCAAAGAGUUGGGAUUGGCAGGAUAUGGUAUGAUUGAAUGGUGGGAAACAAAAAAAGGACAUAGGAAGGGGGUGUAGGAUGAAAAGAAAAGAGCUCUCGAAGAACUCUUGGGUUUGGUGUGUCUGUAAGAAACCUGGAUUUGUCAGGCAGUUUUCUAGGUGUUUGAAACUCAACAGAUAUCUGGACUGGAGGAAGGGAUUGGACUAGAUCUGGCAAAUGAGGCAGAGACACUGUACACUUCCUGUUAGUUCUGUUUCCUGGGGUGGGGGAGGGGCAGGAAAGUGUGUUAGGUCAGAGUGGGUUAGGUUCUAUGGCAGUUGAGAAGAGCAAUGAGCCAGAAACUAGGAUGGAGAGAAGGGAAGGAAAUGCCAUGCCCUUACACAGGGUUUACAAUUCCAGCAUCCUGGGUUACCCAACAUAUAGGCCAAUUCUCCCCUACCGCAUGUACCACUUCUCUUCUAUGUCACCACACCAGCGACAGCUUCUGGAGAGGACCCAAAGCUACAUUCACAUGUUCUGUGCUGGCCUCAUGGGCUUUAUCUUUGUCCUGCUGAUGUGCUUGUCCCCUUUACAUUGGGUGCGGUUCAUGGUAAUGAAAGACAAGAAGAAACUCUUUGCGGGGCUCUGGACUGUGUGCCACCAUGAUCUCUGCUGGAGCCACGUGCCAAAAGCACCCUACUACCUCCAAUGCUCCAGGGCCUUCUUCCUCAUCUCUGCCUUCAUCAUCCUCAUUAUCAUUAUAUGGCUCAGCACCUUUCUCACCAAAGGGACAGGAGACAAAACCCACAUAGAUCUGGGCAUGUCCAUCUUCUCUUUCAUCUCAGGCACCUGCCUACUCCUCUGCCUCAUUUUGUACCUGAUGCAAGUGAAAUUGUACAGUAGGAACGUCUUGGAGCCCCAUUUCCUAUUAGCCUACCGCCUCAAUUGGUGGGGCAGUAUCUUCUACAUGACAGUUGGUGAGUCAAUCCUCCUGUUAAACAGUGAAGGCACAGAAAAGAAAUUUCUACAUGGGUUCCUCUCUGGACUCAAUCACAUAAGUUCUCCGGCUACUUCUCCAGAUCAAAAUCUCCUUGUGAUUCCUAUAACAAGGACAAGAAUAGGAAAUACGGCCAGAGUAGACUGGGGACUAACUGAAACAAAUACGACAUGAUACUCUACAUGGAAAACCCGACAGACUCCACCAAAAGUCAGCUAGAACCGAUACAUGAAUUCAGCAAAGUCGCAGGGUACAAAAUUAAUGUACAGAAAUUGGUUGCAUUUUUAUACACCAGUAAUGAAGCAACAGAAAGAGAAAUAAAGUGAUCCCAUUCACAACUGCACCAAGAAUCAUAAAAUACCUAGGAAUAAACCUAACCAAAGAUGUAAAAGAUCGCUAUACUGAAAACUAGAGAAAGCUUAUGAAAGAAAUUGAAGAAGAUACAAAGAAAUGGAAAAACAUUCCAUGCUCAUGGACUGGAAGAAUAAAUAUUGUUAAAAUGUCAAUACUACCCAAAGCUAUCUACACAUUCAAUGCAAUCCCAAUCAAAGUUGCACCAGCAUUCUUCUCAAAGCUAGAACAAACAUCCGACUUCGGCUCAGGUCGUGAUCUCACUGUCCGUGUGUGUUGGAGCCCCGCGGUGGGCUCUGUGUGGACAGUGUAGAGCCUGGAGUCUGCUUUGGAUUCUGUGUCUCCCUCUCUCUCUGCCCCUCCCCUGCUCACGUUCUUUCUCUCUCUCUCAAAAAUAAAUAAAAAUUAAAAUAAUUUAAAAAAACCGAAUUUGACCAUUUUAAGGUUUUUUUUUCUUGCUUAUAAACUGCCCUCUGGAAAAGCUGUACUAAUUUGUACUCUUAUGAGUCAUCAUUCUGUUCCUGCUGCUCCUCUCAAAACUCAGAGUUUUAUAAAAUCUAUAUACCAUUUUGACAGGUGAAAGUUGUAUAUUGUUAUUAAUUUCCAUUUCAUUUACUAAUAAAGUUGCACUUUUUUGUUAUUUAUUGGACAUUUGCAUAUUAGUUUACGUCUCUCUCUACCCCCCAAACACACAAAGUAUGUGUAUUAUUAAUUCAUGAGAUUUUAGAAUACAUUAAAGAUAAAUAACCUUUUGUCAUACACGUAGUGAAUAUUUUCCCCAUUUUGUCUUUUAUUUAUGAUUUUUUUUUUUAACAGAAGGAAGCUUCAAAUUAGUCACAUCUGUUCGUCUUUUGCUUUAGAGAUUUGCCUUUGGUGCUAUCCUUGAUAAUGCUUUUCCCACUCCCAGAUGAUUAAAUAUUCACCAAUAUUUCUUGAACCAAUUUUAUAUUUUCUUUCCUUUAUUUAAAUAUAUAUCUGGAUUUUAUUUUGAUAUAUGACAUCGGGUUAAGGUCUAACUUGGUAGAAAGAACAAAUGGGCAAAACAAGUUAGAUCUUUACCUUUUUUACGGUAUGUCUUCUAACCAUUAAAAACUAAGUUGUAUAUGUAGUCUAUAGACAUAAACAUGAUAGGAACAGUCUCUGACCUCACGUAACUUAUCAACUCAGAGAGGACAGACAUUAUACAAGUGUGGGGAGUGCUAUGAAGAGGUGCUAAAUUCUAUGGUGGGGUACAGUAGGUGGAAUCUAAUCGGUUAUUCUGGUACCUAUUGAACAACUAAAAGGAGACCUUUUGGAGAUGAAGGAGAAUUCAAUUAAAAAACAAGAACAAAAACAAAAACAAACCAGUAACAACAAACACUUAUCUCAGAGUAUCUGUAGGUCAGAAUCUGGGUGUGGCUUAGCUGGGUCUGGUCUCAGGAUCUCUCGCAAGGACGAAGCAAGGUGUUAGCCAGGGCUUCAGUCUCACAGGAAUGCUUGAUUGCAGGAAGAUUCACGUUCAAGUGUGCAUCCGUGGUUGCUGGCAGGAUUUAGCUCCUCAUGGUACUUUUGAAGCAAGUCUUUCAGUUCCUCGCUAAGGAUUCAGUUCUUCACAGUUCCUUACUGUUGGCUGGGGACCCCCUCAGUUCCCUGGCAUAUAAGUCUAGGAGAAUUCAAUUUUGUCCUGGGGUGGGCACUUCAGCUUGGACACAUUAAUUUGUAAAGAGUAUCAACGUGGAGAAAAAAUUAGCACGGCAUUUGUAUUCCCAGUUCCUGACCGAGGACUAAAGCGAAUGUGUGAACACUCUGAAUUUUCCGGUUGGUACACACUCCAGGCCUGUAUAUAAAUUAAUUUGUGAGUGAAUUAAGCAUUUACAAAGAAUUAAUUGCAUGUUGAAGAGGACAAACACACAAUUCUGUAUAGGAGAGGAAUGUCAGGAAAAGUUUAAGAUGAUUAGAACGGGCAGUAGUUGAAAUGACUUAUGAACUUGAGUUUCUCUUUCAACCACAUCAUGGCUAUAGCUUCAAAUUAUUUUUCAUUCUCUCCCUCUAUUACCAUUACAGACCAUAUACUGUGACUAUACUCCCCCGGAGUUAUGCAGUGUGGCCGCCCUGAACUCAGCCACAGAAGCAUGAAUAUAUUCGAUUAUUUUAUUUUUUUGAUCUAAUGCUGUGGGUUUUAUUUUUAAACUCAGGAAAUUUAAUUUUUAAAUGUGAUUUAAUCAUUGGUAGAUAUUUACAAAAAUUCUGACACUAGAAUCUGACUGUCCAAUCUUAGACUUUGAAAGUGAUAGUGUUAGCCUAGUGCAUAUAUCCUCAACAGAGUCAAUAUUUGCCCCUAAGGGGGCUAAAAUUGGUUCUGGGGUUGUGUGUCAAAAAAAAGUCCUCUUUUUCUGUAUAAAGCACAGGUAUACAUACAGUACAUAGAUACACAGUCUAUCUGUGGUAGUAAAAUUUCAUUGGAGGGAAGUGAUUAAGAUGGAAAGGUUUAAAAAGGUUCCUUAGGGACUGAUAAUGAAAAAAAAGUUGAGAAAUACUGCCCUUGUGCUAAGCUUAAAAGACAGCUGUUAAAUGAGCUGUCUUGCAUUAGAUUAUUUCCUGUAUCAUUUCCUGUAUUACACUGUCAGCUUCUUAAGGAUAGGAAGUGUAACCUGUUUUGUAUUUUUUCAAUAACACCUACUACAAUGGUUUACGUUCACCUGCAUUCAGUAAAUGCAUAUUUCAUUGAAUUAAUAUGGAACACAGCUUACCCUCCUUGUAUUCAUCCUACUGUCCCAUAUAACCUAAAUGAAAUGAUCAAAAUUAGUUUAGUAAAGCAAGCAACCUGACAUAGUCUCCUUCACAAAAAUCCUAGGAAAAUAAUGAGAAGCUUUAUUAAAAGAGUGAAAAAUCUUCAAAGUAGCAUAGUAAGAGAAGCACCGACUCUGGAAACUGAAAGAUGAAUCAGGGCUUUGAUUUCUAGCUCUAUCACUCAAGCCGUGGAAUCUUUAGUCAAGUUACCCAAGGAGGAAGGAAAAAGAGAAUAAAAAAAGAAUGGGAAAAGGGAAAGGAAUAUAAAAAAGGUACAGAGAAGAGACAAGCGUAUUUCUAAAUCUUAUGUAUACCCUAAAUUUCAGGUAUGUGGACCUACUGGCAGUUCCCCAAACAGGUCAUGGCUCAAAUAUGCCAUAUUCUUUCACACUUACAUGCACAUACAUACUCCCUUAUUUCCAGAACAUUAUUUUUCCACCACUAUUCAGCUCGAGCCACACCCUCCCAGGAAGCCCUCCAUAACAUCCUUGUCUGCCCUUGUCUGCCUCCCACACUGAGAUGCCUGUCUUCUUGCUCCCCUAACAUUCAGACCAUACUUUAUUAUAGUACUUACGAUAUUGUAAUGUAAUUAAUGGUUUGCAUGUCUGUUGCCCUCACUAGUCUGUGAGCAUUUUGAGAACUGAAAUGGUAUAAAAAAUUUUUAAUGUUUAUUCAUUUUCUGAGAGAGAGACAGAGACAGAGACAGAGGGAGAGAGAGAGACAGAGGGAGGGAGAGAGAGAGAGAAACAGAGCAUGAGUGGGGUAGGGGCGGAGAGAGAGGGAGACACAGAACCCGAAGCAGGCUCCAGGCUCGGAGCUGUCAGCACAGAGCCCAAUGUAGGGCUUGAACCGUGAGAUCAUGACCUGAGCCGAAGUCGGAUGCUUAACCUACUGAGCCACUCAGGUGCCCCUGAAAUGCAUUUAUCUGCUUCCUCUCAACAUCUUAGCAUAGUGCCUAACAUACUAUUGGUGAACAAACAAUGGGCUUGUUGAAUUAACUAAUAAAAACACAAGCAUGCAAGAGGAGCACAGCAACAUUUUUCAACAAUUUGACAGAGGGUGUGUACUCUUCAAAGAGCCAUUGCUUUACAAUUGACUAAUAAUCAUCUUUGUAUACGUUCUCAAGCCUAAAACAAAACACUGUACAUUUUCUGUGUCCAAUAAUGAUGAAUGUAAUGAGUACUUUCACAUUGUCAGUUAAUUGUUACAGUCCAAUGAGGAAAAUCCUAUUGUUGUUCCUAUUUUUUUAGAUGGGAAAACAGCUCUUAAGUGGAUAAUCCUUGCUGAGGUCAUUCUCACCAAAUGAGGCUUCUUGCUCUGGAGCUUAUGGUGCUGCUACACUGUAGCACCUGCCAAAGUUAGUUGAGUGAGAAUAUGCUUCAGUACAAUGUACUUCUGUCUGACCCUUUUCACCUGCAACCUCCUACACACACUCACCUAGAAAGAAACAAAGGCUCAUGCAUGCAGUUUGUUAUUGUUCAGCCAAAAAAUGUGUCUGAAUAUGCAUAGCUUUGCUUGAUGUAAAAAUAUCUAUCAAUAACUAUGAAAUAACCCUUUGGGACUAUUCUAAUAACAUUUAUAUAGAAGGUAAUGAUUUAAUUUUUGACCUUUCAAAUUCUUUAAAAUGGAAGCUCUGUUCGGUGCUUUUGCAUUUGAGUGUGUUAAACCACAUAUCCAGCAUGUUAAAUUCUCUUUUCAAGAAAGCCAAUGUGAAGCAGCUCAUUAAGACUUUUGGGCGAGAAGUCAUGUAUCACAAGCCCUCCAUUACUACCUCACUGACAAUGUCUGUGAGGGUAUAGUUGGAACCACAGAAUUGAAAAACCAGUUCUAGCCACAUUGCAAAAUCACCAUAAGGAGUGGCAUCUGGUUCCUGGAGCUGGAAGAGGUGACUAUGCCUUUUGAAUCAUGGUUAUUGUCUCAGACAAGACAGAUGAAAAGACCCCCUAAACCAAAAGAGAGCCAAAGGAAAACUUUUAAAAAUGAGACUCUGGGGACAGGUGCACCUUCCAGGUGCUGAUGUUCCAGGAUUCCCUCGGUUACUCCAGUGUUCAAGUCCCCGACACAGUUCUCUUUUGCUCCCUGCUGCAGUCCUUUACUCACUCAUAACCAGACUGCAUUGUAUCAGGUGUGUCCAAUCUGCUGAAUUCCAACAUCAAUCCUCUCUUGCUACGAAGUGUGAGAAGCUGAGGUACCGUUGGGGAUGUGAGAGGUGAUGUGGGCAUUAGCCCUAGAGAAACCUUACAUCAGGAGAGCUGUGGAGGACAUGCACAUUGGGCCCCCUUCUCUUCCUCCACACAACCUGCAAGUCAUGGAGACCUAAAAGAAUUAACAGGUAAGAGCACCAACAAUGAUAUAAUGUCGACAAGAUGCAACACAUUUGCAGUAAGAAGACAAUAAAUAUCUAUUGGCCUACUGUUUUUGGUUUAUGUUAAUUCAUUUCAACAUUAUCAAAAACUUGGAAGUAUGUUAGAAAUGCGAGAUGCAUAAACUACUCACAUUCUAGGCAUCAAGUGCCGGGUUUAAAAUAGCUUGGAAAAACAGUAGUCUCUAAGCAUGUGGAUUAGGUGCUGGUUACGAGUGGCUUGGAAGGAUAUAAGGCAGAGGGAACAGCAGAUGCAAAGGUAUAAAGGUCUGAGAAAGUCCAGCUUACAAUGCUUUCUUAGAACACCCCAGUUUAGUAACUUCUGUCUCCUUUAAACUCUUUUAGCAUUUACCACCUGUACCAUUCUUCUUGCUUGUUAUCUCUCUUUGAUGUACAGUUACC